AUGGUGUCCGAUACUUCAGAAGGUAGAACGAUAUUUAUCAGAAAUCUAUCCUUUGAUGUGGAAGAGGAUGCAUUAUACACAUUUUUUUCACAGUUCGGACCCCUAGAAUUUGCGAAAAUAGUUAAAGAUCCAGCAACACAACAUUCCCGAGGUACAGCCUUUGUAAAGUUUGUAAAUGCUGAGGAUGCAUCAAAUGUCUUACAACAAUCUGAUAAACCUGAGAACGCUCAUCAAUUUUCUUUGGAAAACCGAACUUUAAAAAUAACAAUUGCUGUUUCUAGAACAGAGGCACAAAAUCUACGAAAAAGGAAACACGAAGAUGAUGCUUCGGAGGGUCUUAUAGGCCCUGCAGAUGCUGUAAAGCAAAAGGGACGUAAUUUGCAUUUAGCAUCUAUUGGAAUUAUUCGUCCUGGGUCAUCUGAAGCUGAAGGUUUAAGCAAAGAAGAUUUAGCCAGAAGGGAUGCAUUAUUGCGAGAGAAAAAGAAAAAACUAACUGAUCCAAAUUAUUUUAUUAGUGAUGUUCGAUUAUGUCUACGUAAUCUACCCUUACAUGUAUCCGAUGAUGAAUUAAAGUUCGCUUGCAUGAAAUUUCUAAAGAAAAGUACAGACCACCGAAUUUUAGAAUGCCGUAUUAUGCGUAAUCUCCAACCAGGUAGACAACAAUAUCGUUCACUUGGCUAUGGAUUUGUUGCAUUUACCAAUCAUGAAAAUGCAUUAAGUGUAUUGUAUGGUUUAAAUAAUAAUCCGAAUGCAUUCCCACCUAGUAAUCGACGACCAAUUGUUGAAUUUUCAUUGGAAAAUAUGAGAGCGUUACAAUUAAAACAGAAAAGGGCAGAAAAAUGUUUGAUGCUUCAGUCUAAAACCAAAGAAUCAUCAUCAUCAACACCACAAUUAUUCACAAAGAAUAUUGAAAGGAAUUCACAAAAGACUAAGUCUAUAUUAACAUCAAAGUCAUCUAAUUCAACAAUAUAUAAAAAGUCUAAAAUGAAUAAUAAUCCUAAUUAUAUUAAUAAAUUAAAAAAGAAAUUAUAUUUAUCCAAAAAUAAUACUCAACAAAAAUCAUCAAUUUUACCAAAACAUUUCGGUCCAAAAAAACGUCAUCGUCAUCGUGGACGAUUAGCAGCAGCAGCAGCAGCAGCAAAACCAAAACAAAAGAAAACUCGAAAACAAAAACGUGCAGCUAAAAAUACAUAAUAUUAUGUAAUAAAUAAAGAAUAAAUAAGAAAAUGUAAAUAUGAUGAUGCUACACAUGGAUAACAAUCUCAUGUAUAUACCCAUUCGUCAAGUAGUUUGUUUUGUUUUCGGUUAUUCUUAUUACUGUUGUACAAUUAUUUGUUGUUACUA